AUUCGCUGACUAUGUCAGUGUGGCCGCCUACGAUCUUCCUUCACCGAACCCAAAACAAGCCUGGUUUGGUAGCGCGCUAUACUCCCAGCAAAUCAGUGUGCACUCGGCGAUCAAUAGCUGGAUACGUGCAGGUCUGCGUGCAUCAAAGACGGUGCUGGGCAUAUCUCCAGUGGGACGCUUCUUGAGGCUGCAAAGUGAGUCAGAAUUCAAACCUGGAUCUCCCAUCCGAAAUGAGGUACUGAAGGGGGAUCAUUUCAAGAUACCUAACGGCUUGGCCUAUCCUGAGAUCUGUGAGUUGUUCAAAAAUGGAACCAAGUACCACGACAAGGCUACAGAGAUGGACUACCUGGUGUCUGGGACAAACUGGGUUGGGUACGAGGAUACAGAGAGUAUUGAGGCAAAG